CGAGGGAAAAGUCUAGUAAUGCAUUGACCGAAACACAUAGGAGACUCAUGCAAAAUAGAUCUUCGUCCAAAGGUCCUUUCGAAAUAUAUAUAUCCAAAGUUGUAGAUAACCGCAUCGAUAAAAACAUUAUCAUGAGUGAAAUAAAAAUUGGCAAAAUAAUGGCUAGACUUUUUCCGACAUUGUGGAGAUCCGCGAUCAAUCUGAAAUCUGUCGGAACAUAUAAAUUCUCAGUCUCCUUCCCAGACGGGGUAGCGGCCAAUAAAAUGGUGGAAAACGUCUCAGUCAUGGGGGAAAAGGCACCUCCUCAUUAUAUAACCCAGCUACCGGAAAUACUAGAAGUCAAGCAUAUUCAAAGAAGGAUAGUGGAUCUUGCCGAUAAAUCUAAGUUCGUGUAUAUUCCAUCCAAUAUGAUAAUGAUAACAUUUGCAGGUCUAUCCGCUCCCAAAGCAGCUAUCUAUUUAGGGAAAAAGAUCAGAUUUGCACCAUAUAUACAGAAAGUAAAGAGAUGCAACAAUUGCCAACGUUUCGGUCAUAUUGAGGCUCAAUGCAGAGGUGGCUCGAAAGCUAUGGUAUGUGCAACCUGUGCGAGCAAGGGACGUCAUUCGAAGAGUUGCUCAUCAUCUAAUCUGGCUUGUAUUAACUGCCUACGGAGGAAACUUCCUUUCCCUAAUCAUAGGGCCAGGUCGGGCAUAUGCCCGACUUUUAUUGAAAACCGAAGAGCGAAGAUUGUCAUGGCGAAGUUGGGUCUGAAUCCAGCGGAUGCCAUGGCGUUCUAUAAACCCACCGGGCAUCGUCUACCAGAUAAAUGGUUCGAAAUUAAUAGUGCUGAAGAAUCUGCUACGUUUGCGGACUUUAUCCCCUGGUUUAAGGAGAGCGACUACUUUUCGGACUUGGACCCCGGACUGCCGACUAGCGGAGAGAACAACCUGAAAAACCAUCCGGAAGACAAAUUAUCUAAGAACAAGAUAAGUCCACAUAAAUCUAAUAUAUCUCGCAGAACCUCACUACCACGCAAGAGAAAAAGAUCAAUAAGCUUCAACCUUCCUUCGGAUCAGAUGACACCUUCCCCAUCUGAGGAUAUUCCCGUAAUUGAUAAUCCAAUCCCUCCGGAUCUGGGAGCCCCUCCUACAACUUUACCCCUGGCCGGGCGGGGGGAUUGUAAAACUCUUUUCCUUACAACAAGUUUGCCUUGCCUUCCCUCACCUCAGGGUGGAUUGGGAGAGGUGGUGGAGGUAGAGGGAGAUUAUCCCUCCUCCUCGCCAAAUAUGGAGGUGGUUCCUUCUAUUAUUCAAGAUCCUAAUACAGAACAGAUUUUGCUGACGGAAUUUAACAACUUCAUCACAGAUUAUGGUGAAAAAAUAGACCCUACCUCUGAAGAUACGGCGCCGCAAUUAAUUAUUUCUGGUCCCCAUAACGUGAUAUCGGGUUUAUGCUCUUUAUUGUCGUCUUUAAUAGUCAAACAUCAGGAAGAAUAUCUCAGAACAAAUCAAGAAGCGAAUUAAUCUGUAUUGCAACUCCAAAAUAACAAAUAAAAAAACAAAUAUUAUCAUAACACGGUCUACUUUUGUUGGAAUAGUUAUAAAAAGGGAAGAUGGCUCAGAAUAAUCGGGACAGUUUUCUUUCCAUAGUGCAAUGGAAUUGUAGAUCUUUGAAAGCUAGAUUUAACGAUCUUAUUGCUCUUCUUGAUAAAUACCCAGGGUUACCAGCUUUUAUUUGUCUUUCGGAGACCUGGCUGAAAGACACUGAUAGGAUGAAUCUUAACAAUUACAUUCUUAUUACCAGCAACAAAGAAGAUCCGGAAGGGGGUGCAGCCAUAGCAGUUAGAUCGGACUUCAAUUUUGUGGUCACACACGCUGCGCUUGGUGAGGAGCUUCUUUCCACUUACAACAUAAAUUUCUGCUGCGUUGAAUUUAAUAUUAACCAAAUUCCGCACCAGUUGAUCUCUGUAUACAAUCCACCUAACAAUACAUUAGUUGAUGACGAUCCGACCUUCUGGGAUAACUUUUUUGCUAAGUUUAAGAGUACUAAUAACUUGAU